AGCCCGACUUUAAGAAAUCAAUGCAAAAGCUUAAGAACGAGACCAAAAUCAGUGCCAUAUUUAUGGGCACCCGAAGCGGCGAUUUGCCCAAACAUGUAGUACUCAAUGAAUGCCAAAUGACAGACCAGGACUGGCCUCAGUUCAUGCGUAUCUCACCAUUGCUGAAGUGGUCGUACAGUCAGAUCUGGUCUUUUAUUCGUGAUAAUCAUGUGCUUUACUGUUCACUCUAUGAUAGGGGGUAUACAUCUGUGGGGUCGACGCGAAACACCACUCCUAACCCUUUACUCAAAUUUAUCGCACGAAAUGGAGAGACAUAUUAUAUGCCGGCCUUUAUGUUGACUAAUGAGGAUAAGGAGAGGAAUGGCCGCACCUAAUGAUUGUUAUUAAUAUACAUAUUUAUUUUUAAUACACAAUUUAUAUUCUGGUUAAUUAAUAUAUUGGAUGUUUAUUUUUAUAUUUAUUAUAUUUUGUAUUUUAAAGUUUAAUAAACAGUUGGAGUAAUGGUUUUUAAA